UCUUGGCCUUCGAGGGUGUCCUCGAUGCUGGACCGCCCGAGGGCCCCCUCGUGGGGGUCGAGUGGGCGAUGGUCCAGCCCGGGGUCACCUCGGAUUUUGAUCGCAACGAGCGGGAGGAGGAGGAGGUCUGGAAGGCGCAGUACGAGGUCGGCUCUUAGAUCCAGGCCGGUCUUGACCGCGCCUUUCAGCUUCAUAAGACGACGGACUUCCGCAUCAGCACAGUAAAUGCUUUUCCCUAGGACUUGUCCAUUUCUGAUCUCGUUUACGUAUCUUCCACUUAUGUCCUUCCGUUCACAACGACUGAAGGAAAUUUCGCGUAACAAGAGAGCCGAUCUGACCCGGCAGUACUCCCAGGUGCACUAGCUCGAGCAGUGCAACGCCAGUCUGGUCGCGCGGCUGAACGAGGCCAACACCCUGGUGCUCGACCUGGGGGCGCGGGACUGUGCGCGGGAGGAGGAGCUGGCCCGAGCCAUCGAUGAGCGCGACGCCCAGAGAGCCAUGGUGGAGCAGAAGGCCUAGGAGGUCGAGGCGCAGGCUGCUGAGCUGCGGCGGAACGCGGUGGCGCUGGAGUAGAAAGACAAGGCGCUCGAGGCAAAGGAGGCUGAGCUCUAGUGUGAGAAGGCAGCCAUCACCACGCUCACCGACACCCUUGUGCAGAAGAACAUCGUCCUCGAGGCGUGGGAGGUGGCCUUCCACGACGCAGAGACCGCGCUCAAAGAGAAGGAGGCCUCUUUGUCCGUGCUUCAGUAGCAGGCGGACGCUGCGCAGGCGCUGCUGGAGGAGGAAAAGGAACAUAUCGAGGGCGGUGGCGGACGAGACCACGGCGAAGGAAGCUCUCCAGGUUGCCUUUACAUCAAUGCAGGAUGAACAUGAAGACCUGGAGACAACUGCCGUGGCCGUGUGCCAGGAGCUUGAGGGAGAGGGCGGCUUGUCUGGCAGCUCAGUGGCCAGCCUUCUGAGGUCCUUGGGCGGCCAGGUGAUCGAACGCCUCAAGGGUGCCCUCCGCCUCGGCGUCCAGAAGGCCCUCGGCAUGGUGUCCACGCACUACGUCCUCGAUCUGGAGCAAGUAGCCACGGGCUACGUCGUCGCGCCCGGCGUUGACGGAGAUGUCGUGGUUGCUUUCAUGGAUCAGGCCGAUGCUGUUGUCGAGGAUGCCGCCUCUGCCUUGUACAUGCUUUUCGAGGGUGAGCUCCUCCCCGAUGCCGAAGAUGACGCUGCUGAGGGUCCGCACGAUGGGGAGGACGAUCUGUAGAAGGUCUGGGCCGUAGAGCCCAUGUAAAUGGAAUUAGUAUUUUGUUUCAGUUAUCUUUCCGCGCAAGAAAACCGAACGAUGUAAAUUGACAGUGUGGCCGUUCGAGGCUCUGUGAAUUCGUGCCAUCAUUUCCUUUACU